ACUAAUCACAAUGUCAGCACAUUCCAUUGAGUUAAGUAAAAAGGUCUAUUGCCAAUAAUCUGACUUGUGGCAAGAAUUCUGAUUUUAGUGUGGACCAGAUUCUCCUCUUAGCUAGACAUCUAUACAGCACAGCACUAAAGGUAUCUAUACAGUGCUCACAAGACAUAGUACAUACAAAAAUGGAGGGAGCAGGAGUGAGAGCUGGUAACCACAUAUACAUCCAUCAUGAAGCUGGAGGCAUCUUUAACAAACAUGGAAUUGUUUACAAGAACGAUGAAGAAGGUGCAAGUGUGGCCUACUAUGAGAAAAGUUUGGAUUCAAUUGUUGCGUGCUCACUGGAAAACUUUGCAAAUGGAAAUCCUAUUUCGCUGUAUCACUAUGGGGUGUCAUACCUUUGGAACUUGAUGGCACAGAAAGGAAGUUGCUCAACAAGAAGAUACGUACUAUCACGUCAAGAGGUGGUGCAGAAUGUAUUCUACUACAAUAAGCACCUGGAUGAAGUUCAAAUCACUCAUCAAAACCGAAGCGAAUGUUUUGCCACAGCAUGCACUAGUCGUACACCACUAGUUGUUGAGAAUCCAGUGUUUCCCGCGACAGAUGAUUCUAUCUUCAGAGUGUAUCAUUUGAGUCACACAAUUCACCCAAACCACUUGAAACCAGGAGACCAUAUCUAUGCCUACAGAAAGUUGAGAGUAUAUUCCCAUCACGGUAUCUACAUCGGCAGGAACAACUCAGGAGUACACAUUGUAAUCCAUUUCACCGGAGCUCCGGGGACUUAUAAAUCAAAGUCCACGGCUAAAAUAAGAAGAGCAAGUCUGGACGAAUUCUUAGAUGGGGCCGACCUGCAAUUGGUAUCCUACCACGAAAACGCAGUGGAACAACCUGGAAUAUCACACGCACGAAAGAGUCAGCCAGCUGCUGAAGUAAUAAAAAUGGCUGAGUACUAUUCUAUGAAUCCUGAUACAUGGGGAGACUACCACCUUUUUAAUAACAAUUGCGAACAUUUUUCCAUCUUUUGCAAGACCGGAGAAUUUGUUGGUAUCAACAGUGACAUUCAAGAUCAAACUAAAAGCUCGUGUACCAUUCAAUGAACAAUGCUCUACGCUGCACACAAAAGUACUGUUAAACAUUGUAGUGAAUACGUGCAUGCACAUGUGUGUUAAAAUUAAGCAAUGAAAACACUGCAGGUGCUUAUGCCUCGGUGGAGAUGCCAAAGCUACAUAACAUAAAGCUACUAAUAGCUUUUAUUGCAUGCAAACUCAAAUAGUGGGUAAUGAUCGACCAUGAUUAUUAUAUCAA